GCCGCCCCAGCCUCCUCCUGCUGCUGCUGCUGGUGGUGUUGUUGUUGUGAAUUUAAAUCGCUGCCGAAAGCGGGCACUCGCCGUUCGUGAAGAGGCUCCGAGUUGAGGAUCCCAGCCCGGGAUUACACACACCCCACCCCCUCACCCCCUACCCCCCACCCCUCUCUGAGAACCGAUUAGAAUCGGUUUGGGGACUGGAGAGUUGGCUUUGUGUAGCUGCAGCUCUGUGUCUCUCUGUUUGAUUUGAUUUCUGUUUCCGAUUGUAAUCGAUGUGAUUCUUGUUUAUUCCCCCCCCCCACGGCUGGGGGUCUGCCCCUGACCCUGAUGCACACCCUCCCCACCCCGGGCUGACUCUAAUCGAUAUUCCGAUUGUUCCAUCGGCACGUCCCUGGGAACAUCCACCGAUUAAUCAGGAAACUCGGGACUCGCUGCCCGCUCCACCGAGCCCAGCCCGAUUCUAAUCGAUACCUGGGGAGGGGGCGAGUCCCCCCUCCCCCAGUGAUGGUGCGGGAUGCCAGUCUCCAGUCGGGAGGGAUGCGGGUCGCUCCUGCUCUCGGGAAUGCUGCUCUGAAGUUCCUGCAGAGGCAAUUCGGCCAUGGGAGGCAGGCAGAGCAGAGGGAGGCAGCAGCAGCCUUCAGGGGAAGCACAGGGCGGCAGGAAGAAAUCCCCAGGCCGGGACAGAGCAGAUUUCCUCCGGGGCUUGGUGCUGAAGCCCGGGGAGAGGUGCACCAGGAGCCCGGGAGCACCCCCGUACCAGAGGCGGAUUGCUAUGAUUCAGGACAUGGCGACCCUGGCCAAGCAAGGCCGGCAGGAGGAAGCCUCCAACUUACUGAGGAGCCUGCGGCAGGAUUUAGGAAUGGAGUCAACUUCACUGGAUGAUGUCCUCUGCAGAUAUGCCAGUUUCCGGAAUCUGGUAGAUCCCAUCACUCACGACCUGAUCAUCAGCCUCGCUCGAUAUAUCCACUGCCCCAAACCGGAAGGAGACGCUGUUGGAGCCAUGGAGAAGGUUUGCAGACAGCUGACUUACCACCUCAGCCCCCACUCGCAGUGGAGACCUCAGGGCCUCAUGAAACGGAAACCCCAAGCCUGUCUGAAAGCUGUCCUGUCUAGGAGCCCAGCCAAUGAGACCAUGGACUUGUCUGGAAUUACCCUGACGCCCAGGGAUAUUGACCGAGCGGUUGUGUACUUGCAGCAGAAUCAGGAGCUGAUCAGCAACGUGGAGCUCUGUUUCACUGAACUGACCGAUGAAGGUUUCCUACAACUACUGCCAACCCUCAGUUCACUCCCAAAUCUCAACAGCCUGUCCUUGAACGGGAACAAGCUAACCAGGGGCAUACUGAGGGAGCUAACAGAAACACUGAAGGACCUGGAGAAGUUCCCAAGUAUCACCUGGAUUGACCUGGGUAACAAUGUUGAUAUCUACUCACUGCCUCAGCCCUUCCUGGUCAACCUGCGGAGGCGAAGCCCCAAGCACAGCAACCUGCCUACCAUCUUGGAGUUUGGGGAGAGCCAAGGCAGUGACCUGGAGAGCUCUGACGCUGACCCUUGUGAAAGUCCGGGCAACAGAACAGGAUCACCACAGGGACCUACACUUCCCCUUCAGGCCCAGGCUGGGAUGGGGUCACCACAGGGACCUACACUUCCCCUUCAGGCCCAGGCUGGGAUGGGGUCACCACAGGGACCUACACUUCCCCUUCAGGCCCAGGCUGGGAUGGGGUCACCACAGGGACCUACACUUCCCCUUCAGGCCCAGGCCGGUGCGGCCAUGAGCAAUGAAGAGACCAUCCACACUGAAGGUGACUCACCGGCCAAUCAAACCUGACAACGUGCUGUAGACAUGGGGUGGUUUCAUUGGCCAGGACACAUCAGGUAGAACAUCUGUAAGGCCCAGAAAUACGGAACUGGGAGAUUCAGAGCAAGGUGACAGAGAGGAGGCAACUGUGAUGGGAUUCGGUUCAAGAUGAAGCCAAUGUGUUGGAACAUGCUGUCACUCAGAAACCAGUGCAGGACUUACUUUCUGUUAGUUACUGCUUUUCUAUUAGAGACCUGCACAUUUCUGUUUCAUUUUUAAAAAUAUUUGCCUUCCUUUCAGGUCACUCUCUGUAAUCAAUAAUAACUCAGACACCAGGAACUGUCAUUGGAACUGAAUCUGCCGAGAAUGGCCAGGGUUGGUGGAUAACAGGUGAGGGUGGUGUUUCACUGUCUCCCAGCCAAUGGAUGCUCUCUGUCCUGAUCCUGACAGUGGUGAGUGUCAGUUACUGAGGAGGCAGUCAAUGCUAUGACAGCCUCAAACCCUCCCAGGACCUCCCCCUCUAAACUCUGCCUCAGCUGCCUCCCAUUUCCAGGACAUUGAGUCAAUGUUGACACCUACUUUCGGAUUAAAACACCAGCUGGGCCUUCCUUACAGCAUGUAGCCCAGUGAGAUCCCCAGCACGAUGAAGAGAAGCAUCCAUCUUGGUUGAUGUUACCAGUGACAUAGGGAAUAGAGCUUCAUACAGCCUCAAUAAACUGCAAAACCAGAGAGAGACCCUGCUUUUAAUAAAUCUCUCACCCAGCAUAAUAUUUCCUGAUUUUCUUUAUUAAGCUGUUGUCGUUCAGUGUCCUUCCUUUUCCCUUCAUUCAUUUCUCCUUCAAUUUAAAUUCCUAACCUUUGGUUAAUUGACACAAUGAUAAUUCUACCCCUCCUUCUACAGAUUUGGUACUUACACUACCCAAAUUGUGCUUUAUCAGUUCGGACCCCUCAGUCGGUAGAAAUGUCUUUUAAUGUUCGCUGAGUUAUAGACUAUUCCCUCUCCUCAGGUACUGACCCUGUUCGUUUCAAACCCCACCCUUAAAAACUACUGCUCCAUCUCCAACAUCCCCAUCUUUCCCCCUCAGUCCAUAUCAAAACCUCCCAAAUUUGGACUUACCUUUCCCAGAAUUCCAUAUUUUAAUCCAGAUUUCUGUCCCUGCAACUGCACUGAAAUGGCUCUUAGCAGAACUUAGGGGAAGCGACAGCGUAAUGGUAUUAUCAUCAGGCGAUUAAACCAGAGACCCGGCUAAUGUUCUGGGGACCCAGGUUUGAAUCCCACCACAGCAGAUGAAUUCAGUAAAAAAUGUGGAUGGAAGAAUCUAAUGAAGACCGUGAAUCCGUUGUUAAUUGUCAGGAAAAACCCAUCUGGGUCACUAAUGUCCUUUAGGGAAGGAAGCUGCCAUCCUUACCUGGUCUGGCCCACACGUGACUCCAGACCAACGGCAAUGAGACUGACUCCUAACUGCCUUCUGGACAAUGAAUGCAGGCCUGGGCAGCGAGAAGGUCCAUCCUCCUCGAUCUGGUCAGAGCUGGAGCCUGCAGCUGCGUCUCUUCCUGCUCCCACCCCGUUCUCUCUGCUGUCCCCACCCCAGGGAUCUCUCCUUGGUUCCGUUUCCCAUCUACACUGAACCUCAGCAACAUCAUCAUCCGAAAGCAAACUGUUAGUCUUCCCACGUGCACAGACAGCUCCCAGCUCACACCCCCAGCACGCAGCUCACCCCCAGCACCCAGCUCAUUCCCCAGCACCUAGCUCACCCCCAGCUCCCAGCUCAUCCCCCAGCUCCCAGCUCACUCCCAGCCCCCAGCUCACCCCCAGCACCCAGCUCACCCCCAGCUCCCAGCUCACCCCCAGCUCCCAGCUCACCCCCAGCUCCCAGCUCACCCCCAGCACCCAGCUCACCCCCAGCUCCCAGCUCAUCCCCCAGCACCCAGCUCAC